UUGUUCGCGUGUCACUCUGCCACUCUGCUCGACUUUGACGCUCGAAUAAAUUGACAUCGCUUGACAAUUCCGAAGCACAUUUGUUGCAACAGCCUCGGAAUCGCUCGAGUCAGCCGGUGACACAAGCAGAUACCACGAGACUGCCGCCUGCGACGUUGAGCUUCGCACCACGUCUGAACGUCGCCUGCCGCUUCUCGUACACCCCAAAGUUGGACGGCCUGAACACCAGCGAAUCUCGUCUCACCGCUUCUGCUCCGCGUUCAAAUUGCCUCGAUUUGGCUUUGUUAUUGGCUGGCCCCACCUCUAGCGAGUAAUUGCCGAUCGACAGCACGCCCGCCUCUCUCUUGCCGCGCCCAGCUGCUGUCAUCGCCCACCCUGCACGGGACUGCUCAGGGAACGACGCGUCGCUCACAGGAACUGCUGCAAAAUCCACACACACAGCCCAUCAUGGCCGCCGACAAGGACACGGCGGUGCUAUCAGACAACGAGGGAGGGGAGAAAUCGGCACGCGAGAGACUCAAGAAAGCCAAUAUCCACGACCCGAACGCCCUACGAACCGACGACGAACUGCAAGACGCCCCUGCCCCGACUAGUGCUCCGGCCGACGAGACCACAGAAACCAGCGACGGAACCCGAGGGAGGAUACAGCGGAAGCGGAGCUUCGAGGAGGUAGAACCAGACACGCCCGAGCCGGCUUCAACUGCACCUUCCAAAUCGCACACCCGAAAGAGAUCACGAGAUAGCACGGCUGAGGAGGAUGCAUUGAACAAUGGUCAGCGGAAAACCUCGGGCGAGCGACCGAGGAACGGCAAUGGGGCAGACGUUUACGCCGCGGAUGCCAACGGGCAAACCGAGCCUACUGGUGCUUUGACCCCAGAGCGGACUGGCGAGGAUGAGGCAGGAGUUGAGGCGUUGGCGAGUCCCAAAACUAAGAGGAGCCGGCUACACUCAACGACCGAGGACGCGGAGGCUAUCAUCGCGGAGAGCACUGGCUUGGCUACUUCAAGUGCGUUGGCGGAGAAAACUGCUGCGUCGACAGCCGAGUCCAAGACGGAAGCGGCAGAAGGCUCUGCGGGCAAAAUAGCACCUGGGAGCGCCUUUGCCAAUACAUCCUCGUCUUCACCCUUCGGAGCUCUAGCGGGCAGCAAAUCACCCACCGGUGAACCUUCUGCCAGCGCUUUUGCAUCCUCAAAAUUCGGCGCCCUCGCAGGCUCAUCAUCUUCAGGAUUUGGCGCUCUUGGUAAGACCGCGGGCGGGCCAGGACUGGGUGGAGGCUUUGGAAGUGGGAGUGGCAGUGCAUUGGGUAGCACAGAGAACGAAGCACCAAAGGCUGCGGGCAGUGGCUUCGGUGGUGCUCUUGGUCAACAAUCAGCCUUUGCCUCUACAGCUAAGAGCGGGAGCGCGUUCGGCUCGAGCGCAUCAGGAUUUGGCAGUCUUGGAGGAGCAAGCAGCGGAGGAUUUGGAGGUGGCUUUGCUAGCACAGGCUUCAGCAGUCUGGGAGGCGGCGGUGGUUUGUCAAGCUUCGCCAGCGGUAAGCCUGCCGCCCCUCUAGGAAGCAACUCAAAGCCAUUUGGAGCAGCAGCAGACGACGAUGAUGCUGAGGAUGGAGGCGAGGAUGACGAGGAUGGCGCUGGAUAUAAGAGUCCUCUGUCGCAGGAAUCCGACAAGCAGGACGAGCGAUUCUAUGCCCAAGACAUCGAGACUGGUGAAGAGGGAGAGUCGACUGAAAUGACCUGCCGCGCGAAAUUGUACAACUUUGCUACCGGCGAGAGUGGAAAGAAGGAGUGGAGAGAACGCGGCGUCGGAGUGUUACGCCUGAACGUACAGCGACCUCUGCACGACGACGAUGACACGAAGACCACCGCUCGACUGCUCAUGCGAGCCGACGGGUCCCACAGGGUGCUACUCAACACGCCUAUCCUACCUCAGAUCAACUUCGGCCAGCCGGAUGGCAGCAGGCCGAACGGUAGCUUUGUCUACUUCAUGGGUACCAUUGAUGAGAAGAAGGAGCUGCAGCUUUUGCAGUUGAAGGUGAAAGCAGUCAAUGCUCUCGAGCUCUUCGACAAAGUCAAAGCUCUGCAAGAAGAAAUGUAAGAAGCAUCAAGCAUACGAACGACACUUUUUUUUUUU